CAAGGUUUCUCCCGGAACUGUGAACAUGAAAUGAAGAGCAGCGCUAAAUGAAAUGGCGUCAGUCACAGCCCGUAACUGGGCUCUCUGUGCGGUCGCUGUCUUUAACGUGCUGUUUGUGUUCAUUUCUGGGGCAGACUUCAUUCGCUUCGUGUCGUUUCGACCCAUCUAUCAUAACAUCACAGGGGAGACGAUGCUCUGUCAAGACUCCAUCCCGUGGUCUGUGGCCUUAAAGAACAGUUCUGUUCUGUGGUCUCUUGUUGUGGAUCUGUCUUUGUUGGCUCUCUUCACUGCACAACACAGCCUGCUGGCCUGGUUCCCAGUCAAACAGGCCCUACAGUCAAUGCUGGGGGCCUUGAACAGGACAGCAUACUGCUUCACUACUGCACUCGUGCUUCAGAUCUUGAUGCGUUACUGGCAGCCAGUGACUGGCGCCCCCUGCCUGUGGUCAGUGCGUCAUACACCCUGGAGUAUCUGGUUCCCCCUGCUCUGCUUUGCGCUGCACUUCCUCUGCUGGGCCAUCAUCUGCAGCAUCCUUGUGAUUUUUGAUUAUCCAGAACUACUCGGUAUCAAACAGGUGUAUUAUGAGUGCCUCGGUCUGGGGGACCCUUUGUCUGAGAAGCCACCGCCCGCUCGGCGCCUCCUGUCCCACCUCCGCCACCCCGUUUGCCUGGAGCUGGCCGUCAUCCUGUGGCUGCUGCCGGCCUUAUCCCUGGACAGACUCCUGCUGGCCGGGACGCUGUCGGCCUACAUGGCCCUGGCACACUCUCUGGACAAACAGGAUUUAGCCUACCUCUGUGCUGAGCUUAAAGUCAAGGUGCGGCUGUUUGCCGAGCCGCAGGGAGGCAGCGUCGAGCAGAACGGCAGCAACCACAAGGAGAAGGGAAGUUAAAGCCGCCUCGCUGCUGUGAUCUGAAGCUGACUUUUUAUUUACAAGAUGUGCUUCAAAGGUAGAUGUAACAGUGGCUGUACUGACAUCUCUGUGUUUACCACAUAUAAUGCUUUUAGAAACCAUUACGUGAAUUAUUCUCAAAAUAAUUGUGUCUUGAAUUGAUUUCACACUGGUAGUAUUUUCUAUUUUAUUACUGUUUGAUAAAAGAAGAAGAGAAAGUCUGGUUGUAUUUCUGAUAGUAUGAAUAUAUUUCUUUGUGUGACUUGAAUAAACUGGGUUAAAAUUUCA